AUGCGUGUGUGGAUUACCAGGAAUAUUAAGGGUUUGCAAGACAAGAUCAAAUUAGUUCAAAUUUAUCUUCAGAACAAGCCUGAUUGGUACAAGGAAAAUGUUUACCCCAUAAAUAAGGUGCCAUCCCUGGAGCACAACAACAAAGUGACAGGAGAGAGUUUGGAUCUGAUUAAAUAUGUUGAUAGUAACUUUGAAGGACCACUACUCUUGUCGGAUGAUAAUCUUAAGCAAGAAUUUGUUGAAGAAUUAAUAGCUUAUAGUGAUACUACAUUCGUCCCAUUAGUAUACAGCUCGUUUGCAAAAGAUACACGGACACUAGCUGGUGCACAAUUUCAUUACCUAGAAAAAUCUCUCCACAAAUUUGACGAUGGGCCUUUCUUCCUCAAUCAAUUCAGUCAGGUUGACAUAACCUAUUCUCCAUUUAUCGAAAAGUUCCAAAUUUUCAUGCCAGAGGGGUUUAGCUAUGACAUCACAACCGGGAGGCCUAAACUAGCCAAAUGGAUUGAGGAAAUGAAGAAGCUUGACGGAUACAAGUAA